GGGAGACGGCGCGGAGGAGACCAGUCCCGCACCCCAGCAUGGCUUCGGGGGACCUUUACGAGGUAGAGAGGAUUGUAGACAAAAGGAAGAACAAGAAGGGCAAAUGGGAAUAUCUCAUCAGGUGGAAAGGCUAUGGGAGCAAUGAAGACACCUGGGAACCUGAACAUCACCUACUCCAUUGUGAGGAAUUUAUUGAUGAGUUCAACAGACUGCACGUUACCAGAGAAAAGCGAUCCCGGCACGGGAAACAGGGCAGCGCGCCAAAAUUACUGCGGGAAAGCCGAGGGUCGUCUGUGGAGAAAAUAUCACAUAGACCUUCUGAAUCUGGGAAGUCUAAAGGAUCGACACAUAAAAGGAAGAGAAUUAAUCCAUCUCAUCAAAAACAGAAACGAGGAUAUGCAGCAAAGCCAGGAUCUGCAAAUGACAGGGCUGCUAAAACUGUGACUUACCGAACUACUCCCAGCGGUUUACAGAUCAUGCCACUGAAAAAGCCACAUAAUGGUCUGCAGAAUGGAGAUGGCAGCCAUGAGAAAGAUUCUAGACAUUUUGGGAGUGGCUCACAGCAGCAAAACGUGGAUUUAAAUGAUCACGAUGGAGAACAAAACUUGCCCAGCGUGUUAGAAGUCAGUAACAAUUCCCCUGUUGUGAAUGGAAUUGGUUCUUCUCUGGCCAAUGGAAGCUUGAAUCUCCACAGCACUGUGAAAAGGAAACUUGAUGGAGAGAAAGAUUAUGUCUUCGAUAAGAGACUGAGAUACAGCGUGCGACAAAAUGAAAGUAACUGCCGCUUCAGGGACAUUGUGGUCCGGAAAGAAGAUGGUUUCACACAUAUUUUGCUGUCAAGUCAGACUUCAGAGAACAAUGCACUGACCCCAGAGAUCAUGAAGGAAGUUCGGAGAGCAUUGUGCAAUGCAUCAGCUGAUGACAGUAAACUCUUACUUCUCAGCGCAGUGGGAAGUGUAUUCUGUAGUGGCCUAGAUUACUCAUAUUUAAUUGGCAGGUUAUCCAAUGACAGAAGAAAGGAAAGCACUAGGAUUGCAGAAGCUAUAAGGGAUUUUGUAAAAGCUUUUAUUCAAUUUAAGAAGCCAAUUGUGGUUGCUAUCAACGGCCCUGCUCUGGGGUUAGGAGCUUCUAUUUUACCACUCUGUGAUAUCGUUUGGGCAAGUGAGAAGGCUUGGUUUCAGACACCAUAUGCAACAAUCCGACUCACUCCAGCUGGCUGCUCAUCAUACACAUUCCCACAAAUUCUGGGUGUUGCACUGGCAAAUGAAAUGUUGUUCUGUGGGAGAAAGCUGACAGCACAGGAAGCCUGCAGCAGAGGACUGGUGUCACAAGUAUUUUGGCCAACGACAUUUAGUCAAGAAGUGAUGCUACGAGUGAAAGAAAUGGCAUCCUGCAGUGCAGUGGUAUUGGAAGAGUCCAAAUGUCUCAUGCGGAGCUUCCUGAAAUCCGGACUUGANUGUCAGAUGUUAAAACAGCUGUGGAGUUCUUCCAAAGGACUGGAUUCAUUAUUCAGCUACUUGCAAGACAAAAUUUAUGAAGUCUGAUAUCUUGGCCUGACUCAAAGAGAAAUUGCUCCAGCUGUGACCAGAGUCAGACAUGACCAUGUUUGAGAAGCAGAGGCAAUGCAUCAGUGAGGAAUUUGUGACAGUGAUCCCAAUGCCUGUGGCUGUGUGAGGUGCACAGCUGCUUGUAGCCGGUUUGAUUUUGUGUAACCAAGACGUGGGCAGGCGUUCAGUGCACGGAACCUGUGCAGAGGCUGCAUCUUUCACAUUGCUCAUCCACAUCCAACUCGACAUUCCAUGUGCUGAGAAGCACCACUGAGGCCCAGCAAGGCUCACCCACCUGUAAGGGUUUAUUUUGUCUGUCCUUCUUAACUUAUUCUUGCUGUUGCAGCACAUCUGGGCUGACACAGAGGGCUCAGUCUAAAAUCUGGGUCAGAACGACCUUCUGUAGACCCAAAAACCAUACGUUGGAAAUACGUUAAUUAUUUUUUCUAAGUUCUAACAGUUUAAUGGAAAAAUCUGAUAAUUUAUAUGUAUAAUAUGUAAAGUUAGUUUACAAAAACUACUAGAAUUUUUUUCUUUGUUAAAUUUAUUUAACUUAUUUAUUUUGUGUUCAUAUUCAGCUGUUUAUUGAUCACAGAUCUUAUUUUCAUAUUUCCCUUUUGACUGAAUGAAAGGCAUCACAUGAGAAUGCAAACACAUUUUUAGCAGCAAACUGAGUAGAAGAAUAAAGAAUAUAUAGAAAACCCACAGAAUGUUGUGGGCAGUAAAUGAAACAGCCACGUGCAUGCUCUUCUAUGUGGAAAUUUGUACAAAAAUGUAUGAAAACAGAUUCAUUUGCCAGGGUUAAGAGAAAAAAAGUGGGUUCUGACACAGUGAGUCCCCCUUAAGUCUCUCUUCACUUUCUGCCUUCUUGAGGAGCACUGAAGGGCUCACCAACCAGAUGCUUUAUUUCAGUUUACUAUAUUCCUGUUAGCCAGAUACCAGUAACAGGGUGAGUGGUGCCGUUCUGUGGCAUCGUACUGUUUUUCAGGUUUAAACACCCCUUUUGGUCUGAAGUCUAAAAGCAAAUCCUUAUGAGCCUUAGUCUAGUUGCCUGAUUCCUCAGGUGUGAGAUAAUUUCUGCUCUGGAGGCCUUUGGGUGUGGGCCAGCAGUUUAUACAAGGUGCUAGGCAUUGAACUCAGUGGAGGCAGAGGUUUAGUUUUGCUUUUCCCAGCUCUCCACAUCUGGCCACCCCCCCACCUGUUACAAGAACUUACGGCUAUCCAUAAAAGCAGUCCACAAAAAACAAGGAAAAUCCAAUCUGCUCUUUUUGAAUGUGAUCCUGGUCUUGUUCAGUGACACUGACUGACUUCUGAACACUGGAUCUCUCUCAGUUCUUUCCUGCUAUGGGCAGUUCAUGUGGAAAGGACAGGAGCAUGCUCUGAGACUUCACUUGCCAUUAUAAUACGCCCAAAUUGAAACCUCUUGAAGCAGAAGCUUUGCACAUUUGUUUGCUUUGUAAUUUGUGCACUUGCUCUCCAUCCUUGAGCUCAGUGACUUACUAUGAUUUAAACCUCUGCAAAUGAGGCUGCUCAGCUUUCUCCCUCUUAGCAUUUCCAUAAAGAGUUUCAACAAAGCCUUUAUAAAGUUAAUGAACAGGUGAUUACAGUAAACAGUAGCCUUCAAGAUAUUAAUGUAACAUUUCUUUUCCCACGAAUAAUUAGAAGUGCUGGUUUUAUGCUCUAAUUGUACCACUGAAUUUUAAGGAAAUCAUUACUCUAAAUGCAGAAGUUCUCAUGGAAAUUCUUCAUUAAAAAGACAGAAUCUGGCUUCCAAUUAGCGUGUUUAAAUUUUUUUUUAAAAGCAACUUACUGAAACCAUUAGCUUACUUUCAAACAACUGCAAGAGAACUCUUUCAAUAACUAUUUGAAGUGAUGGAUGCUUCGUUUUACACCAACCCUUGCUUUUGUCCACAACCUGCCAGCAGCGCUGCAGGGCGCGCUGGAUCGAGGCCCCGGGCCCCCAGCAGGGCAGGUGCACACGGAGUCACCUGGAAAAAGAGG